AGUAGUCUGUUAGUUCUUUCUUUUUGGGUUUGCUUUAAUUAAUUAUUAUGGGUCGUUUUAUUAUUUUCUGGGUUAUUUGGAUUUUAACGCAUUGCCAUUAUGAUAUACUACAUCAUAUAUGUGUAUAGCAGUUAUAAAUAGUUCAAGAAUGAAGGAUCUAUCUAUAUUUUUUUAUUGUUUCAAUCAAGUAAUUUAGAAUCUAAAGAUUUUUAUUGUUUGUUUUCAAACCAACCAUUUCUGACCUAUUAGUUGCAUCAUCCACUUUUGACUUGUAAAAGGAAGAAAUUUAACAAAUUUUAUUGAAUGAAGAUGGUGUGAAAGUUCUUGAAGUUGUGUUUUUUGUGAAUAAAUGGAUGCUUUUCAUUUUAUGUUUGGACUUUAGUCUUAAAAAGGGUAUGGAAUGUGAUUCUGAAAAGAUAGAAUAGUUGACAUAAAAUUCUGUUCUCUUUUUAGGGUACCCAGCUAUGGAAAAAGUGAUGCCCUGAAAGCCAAAAUGUGUUAGGGGGCCAUUGAAGGAGUUAAGUGGGUGAUAUUUACCAAAAGGAAAAAAGUGAAGCUUGGGAAGUAAUGGGAUCAUUUAAAGGGCAUAUAGUUCCAGGAACACUGUUUUUGUUGGUGGGUUUAUGGCAUAUGUGGUGCAGUGUGUACAGAUAUGUCACAAGUCCGAAGACCUUUCGAAUCCGGGUAUGGAACCCGGUGCCGGGUUUUGGUGGGAGGCUCAAGUACUUGGAGUUGUAUAUGGUGGUGAUUGGUGCUUUUAUUGAUUUGUGCAUAGAGCUUGUAUAUGCACCUCAUCUUAAGUACUUUGUGGAUGGCAUAUUGAAUCCUUCUCAUAUGAAUAAUUUUGAGCACUCUGGGAUGCUUAUUAUGUUCUUCAUCUUUGGCCUCACUGCUCUUAUAUCAGUUAAAACUAGCAUUCUUCCCUUGCCAGAUGGAGCACUUACUUUGAUAGCUGCAACAGCAUUCACUUCAGAGUACCUCUUGUUUUACUUCCACUCUACGAAUCACAAAGGCCUGGAAGGCUACUAUCACUAUAUCCUGGUUCUUCUGAUAGGCUUGUGUGUUAUAACUAGUGUUGCUGGCACGCUCGUCCCAUCAAGUUUCCCAGUUGAUUUAUCUAACAGCAUAGCCAUAACUCUCCAAGGCCUUUGGUUUUAUCAGACUGCUUUCACGCUUUAUGGCCCUAUGAUGCCCGAAGGCUGUCAACUUAAAGGAGACGACAUUGUUUGCCACUCGAAACUGAGUCAAACCAGAGGGGAGUUGCUUGCAAACUUCCAGUUAUUUUCAAUGGUGAUUGGUGUUUUUGUCGUAAUUUCAGCAUCUUAUAGUUUUGCCUCUUCGAGAUUCAACAAUUCUUGUCAGGAGAGAUUGCAAACAGCUGAUGGUGAUUUGUAGAUAUUAAAGUAGGUACUAUCAUAUUCCCUUUCUAAACUUCUUAUCAAUUUGUCAUUCCUUGUAAUUAUGAAGCUAGAAAGUAUAGCAACACUUUAUAUCACGCAGAAUUUGUUGCAUAUAAAUUGAUAUUAGCAUUUGUAACUUAGUUUAUUAUAGCAUUGUAUGCGACAUCUUCUUUCAUUAUCUGAUAUUAUAUAUUUUCUGAGGUGCAA